GAAAUGUGUCAAGAUGAUUAGAAUAGGGGGAGGCACCACCAGGAACAGGGGAUCCUAGAUGGCUCUACGCGUGCUAUGGAAGCGAAUGACGAAUGCCAUGGACCGCUUUCAUCAGGUGGCCUUCAGCCCGAAGUAUCUCCUAUAUACCAACAUCGGGAUCUCUGUGGGCCUGAGCAUGGUGGGCGACACCAUGGAGCAGUCCUAUGAGCGCCUCAUAGGGGAGCUUCCGGAUUGGAACCGGACACGUACCGUUAGGAUGGGCAUAUCCGGGUUGACGGUGGGCCUGGUGUGCCACUAUUGGUACCAACACCUGGACUACUUGUUUCCGAAGCGCACCUAUAAGGUGGUUGUAGUCAAGAUUCUGCUGGACCAGUUCAUCUGCUCACCGUUUUACAUCGCCGUGUUCUUCCUCACAAUGGCCAUUCUGGAGGACAAUACAUGGGAGGAGCUGGAGCAGGAGAUUAGGGAGAAGGCCUUAGUACUAUACGCAGCUGAGUGGACCGUGUGGCCAUUGGCGCAGUUCAUCAACUUUCUGCUGAUCAAGCCGCAGUACAGGGUAUUCUAUGACAACACCAUCAGCUUGGGCUACGAUGUCUAUACGUCCCAAGUUAAGUAUCGUAAGAAGCCGGAGCCAAAGGAUAAUUCGUAAAUGGAAUAUAGCUCAAAUCUGAAGUCCUUAAUAUGGUUGUCUACUGUUCUGGACUGCCACUGCAAAUUAUACAAUAGCAGGUUCUGUUACACAUUUACUUAUGCCGUUCCAAUGCCUUAGAUCCUGGCACUAAAAUUUUGGGUGUCCUUGAACAAAAUUCUUCCUUAAAGAAAGUGAGCAAAGUAGAAAAAUUCAAAAUUAUUAUUACUUAAAGUUGCUGUGUUAGCAAAUAUUUUUAAAAGAAAUUUCCAUGUACAACGGAUUAUU